AUGACAACUGCUAUUUCUUAAGCACAUCAAGGUGCAAUGCAAAACAUUUAAAAGGAGGAGGACUUAGUCUCUAUUUAGAAUGAGUAGCUCAAGCAAGGAAAGAUUAGAUUUCUGACUAGUUUGCAGCCAGAUGUCAGCAAUUGCUAUGGAAUGAAGAACAAAUCAAGAGAACUAGAACCAAGCAUGAAAGACAUCUUCUCUUGGGGAUACGAAGCCCCUGUGAAGGAGGACUAUGUGAAGGAUAACAAGGAAAUUCGUUAUAAGAUCAGGAAGAUGGACACUGAGUACAUAUCAGAAGUGCAUGAUAAUUAUAGAAGACCUGAGCAGACAGACGAGAAAGGAGUCUUUUUAUUCAAUUUCCUAGAUCAAUAAGGGCAGGAAAAGUGGAAGCAAAAAGUAUAUGAAAUGGCUGUUAAAGAUGAGUCUGAAUAAGUCAAGUAGUCAACCUAUAGACAGUUAUUCUGUGGCUAGGAGAAUCAAUGGUGGGAGCAGAUUAUGAGGCAAGUCACACCAGCUGGUAAAACGUCCUACAAAGAAAAACCAACUAGUCUUAUUACACCUGAGCAAUUUAUCAGACAGAAAAUGGAAGAGAAAAUCAAAGAGAUUAUUAUGAAAAACAGAGCACUAAAUCCUAAUGAUAGAGCAUCCCAGGAUACUCUUGGUAAGACUUCUAGCCGAGGUCUAGGAGCAAAAGGCCCAGGUGAGACAAAUAAUGUCUAAGUUAUGGUUGAUCCAGUUGAAUAGGCUGAAAGAGAAGCAGCUAGAUAAAAGAGAUAAUAAGAAAAAAAAGCUUUAAAAAGAGCAUAAACUGCAAAGUCAAAGAGGAAUCUGGAGAAAAGACUUAAUGAUGUCAAGUCGACAAGCAGAUGGUUGGCUGACUCAGCUAUUACUACUUAUUUUGGAAGACCAGCAUUUCAUCCUUAUGGUAACGGCAAUACGAAGCCAACAGUAGGAGGAGUGAUUUGUGGAGAUUAUUUGAAAACUCACAAUAUUAACCCAUAGAGCGGCGACAAUCAUCCAGAAUUCAAAUAGGUAUUUGGAAGAGCUAUGCUUGGAGCAACUAUUGAAGUCAAAGGACCAAAGCAAAACUCCAAAAGUCCAAAGAGAAAGGGAGUUAGGCAGCCGACUUUACCUCGCAAAGUGAGAGAUGAUUGCAGACUAACUCCAGGUUAAGUAGAUGAGAUCAAAGCCAGAAAUCCAAUUAUGCCAAUAAAAAAUGAGAACACUGAACUUGAUCACGUGCACAUUGAAAAGCCAGAUUUGACGAAGCAGAAGUAUCUCUAGAGUAAACACACCACUCCAACUGAAUCAUAAAACCAAUCGACUUAUGAGUUGUAGCCCUAGCAAACUCUAAAACAAGGGCCACUUAAUAUCCAUUAGCAAUAUGAACAAAUGAAAAGCCUAAAUGUCUCUAAAUCAAGUUCUCAUACUAAUCUACCUCCAAAUAUUAAUCAGAACUUGUAAAAUACCAUUAAUUUAUCUAACAUGAAUGCAAACCCUCAAUAGAUUGAGUACUAUAAAGGCAAUGCCACUCAUCUUGAUGGGUUCAAGAAACCUUAUGAAAAUGAAUAGGUCAAGGAGUAAACACUUGCUCCAGGGUCUAAUGUUUAUCAGGCUAUCAAUUAUGCUCAUCAAAAUAUUCAGCAAACACAAAAAAUAAACUAGCAACAUUAGCAGUCUCAACCUACUCAGUCAUUGAUUCAACCUCAUCAGCAUUCACAAUUUUGCGGCCACAAAGCUUCUCAGGUCGAAAUGGAUAAACCUUUCUCCCAAUAAAAUAUUCCUUUCUGUCCUUUGCAUGGUGCUGUUGAUUAGCCUGAGUUUCUGCACUUGCUUGACCCUAAGAACUAUAAGCUCCUUCCACAUCAUUACACAGAGUCCAUAAGAUCUGCAGGAAAGUUUACACACAAAUCAGAGAAGUUGGGUAACCUGCUUUCUUGGAAGGAUGAUGAAUGA